UUUCUAUUAACUCCUGCUGCCAACAGAGCUCUGACUGACAGACAGACAGACAGUGAGAGAGACAGAUUACCAAAAAGAGAAAGAAAACAGUGUGGAUUCAAGAACUAAGAGAACGAAUGAAAGAAGAACAAGGAAGGACUAAGAAGAGUGGAAGAGAGCUAUAAAGUAGAGGUGGUGUGCACUGACGCAGAUCAAUUGCUCUUCUCCACUUUUGGUUUGGAAGUGUAGUGCGUCUGUCUGUCCAUAUAUCAUCUUGGUUAAUCAGUGGUCUUGAGAUACAGUAAAAGUUUAACAGCUUCAAAAUCAUUCUGUCAGUAAAAACCUUUAAAGAAAGAAAAAACAAGUUAAUCUGACUGUCAGCACAGAAUCAGUUUGGAAAUCUGUUGACCUGACUGAUAAAAAGCUAUCAUCUAACCAGCCUACACAUCUCAAUGGCUCCCAAGAAGAAGUCACAACGCCCUAAGAAGUCCAUUUCUGAACCAACAACAGUUGAGAGUGGAGUGGUUGUCCCAGAGCCCGGUGUUAAGAAGCUGGAGGUUCCUCUUAAUGUUCAGCAGCUGAAUCGGCUCAAUGGGGUGCCCUUUCCACCCCCUGUGAUUCGACCUGGGGAGAGAGGUUUUGGCCUGGGCAGUGAGCUCACCCGUCCCCUACAUGGAUCGGCUCUGCUGGAGGAGCUGAGCCGCAUGAGACAGGAACGAUUCCUCACUGAUAUGGAAAUGGCCUGCAAAACCAAGGCAUUUGAUGUCCACAAGCUAGUAAUUUCCUCAGUCAGCCAGUAUCUUCGUGAAGUCCUGGCCAAGGACCCUGGACUGAAACGACUGGAACUCCCGACCCUCUCCCCUCUCGGACUUGCCAAUGUGAUUACUUUUGCUUACCUGGGCCGUGUACACAUGUCCCUGUACACCAUUGGCUGCACGGUGUCUGCAGCCAGCACCUUGCAAAUCCCUCAUCUUCUCCAGAUGUGCAUGGACUUCCUGAUGUCCGAGCUGAAUGUGCACACUUGUGUGUAUGUGUGGAACAUCGGCGCUGCAUAUGGCCUGAUGCCUGUUCGAGAGGCGGCACGGCGCUACAUUCUGGACAAUUUUACCCAGUUUUCUGAGACAACCCAAUUCAACCAACUCACCCUGGAGCAGAUCACAUCUUUCCUGCAAGAUGACAACCUAUCUCUUCCUUCAGAGGUCACCACCUUUCAGAUUGCAAUGAAGUGGAUAGACUUUGACCCAAAGAGGCAGGAACAUGCUGCAGAACUGCUGUCUCACGUGCGCUUUGAGACCAUCCCUGCGAGCGCGCUGGUUAGUGAGAUCCAGCCAGUGGCACGCAUGAUGCUAGAUCCUCAGUGCCACCGUCUUCUGGUGGAUGCCAUGAACUACCAUCUGCUGCCCUACCAGCAGAACACACUGCAAUCACGGCGCACAAAGGCCCGCGGAAGCCAGAAUGCUCUUCUAACCAUUGGGGGUCGUCCUUCACUGACUGAGCGUGCCCUAAGUCGAGAGGUGCUUUGGAGAGAUCCACGAGAGGGAACGGCUACAUGGCGUCAUCUUACUCAGCUGCCAGCCAAGAGUUUCAACCAGUGUGUGGCUGUGAUGGAUGGAUUCCUGUAUGUGGCAGGAGGAGAAGAUCAGAAUGAUGCCCGAAACCAGGCUAAACAUGCUGUUGGCACUCUUAGCAGAUACGAUCCUCGCUUCAACACUUGGCUACAUCUUACCAGCAUGCGCCAACGACGUACCCAUUUCAGUUUGGUGGCCACUGGUGGGCGGCUGUAUGCCAUUGGUGGCCGCAACACUGAUGGCCUCUUGGCCACCAUUGAGAGCUACCAGCCCUCUUCCAACACCUGGCAACUCCGUACACCAAUGGAUAUGCCACGAUGCUGCCAUGCCAGUGCUGUCCUUCCAUCGGGAGACAUCUUGGUGACUGGUGGGUAUGUUAACUGCGCUUACUCUCGCUCUGUCAUUAGUUAUAGCAUUGACAGCAACACUUGGAGCGAGCAGGGAGAGUUGGAAACACCUCGUGGCUGGCACUGCUCUGCAACAGUAGGUGGCAAGGUGUACGUGGUAGGAGGUAGCCAGCUUGGUCCCGGUGGAGUCCGCAUUGAUGUGAUGACCAUGGAAGUCUUCAACCCUGAGAGCAAGGAGUGGACCAGAGCUGCGAACCUGCCACUGGGAGUAAGCACAGCUGGUUUGUCUCCACUGGGAAAUCACCUAUACCUGCUAGGAGGAUGGAAUGAAGCAGAGAAACGUUACAAGUCAGCAGUCCAACGCUAUGACCCAGGCACUGACAGCUGGGCAACAGCUGAAGACCUGCCAGAACCCAUAGUGGGAGUGUCCUGUUGUGCCCUUCCCUUGCCCCCACGCCACACGACACGAAGACACCGGAACACACCUUCCCAUGAAAGGCAGAGCAGUGCAUAACACUGCAUGAGAAAGACAAGCUGGUGAAAGACAAAGAGCAAGAAAGAGACAGGGAGAAAGGAGAGAAUGUUGAGUGUAGAAAAAGACAGCAAAAGAGAGAGAUGUGUAGGUGACAUGGAAAUUUAGAACAGAAUGUAGAGAAUAACAACAUGAAGGGAAAAGCACAGAAGUCUUUGUUUUUAAGCCUUGUUCUUAAAACUCCAAAGUACACAGUGAGUUCAAAGAAAAGGUACUACCUAGGGCCCACUUAUAAAGAAUGUUAACAGGUACAUUUCACAAGAGCCUCUGCAGUGCGAGGAAUUUAGUGAGGUAUCUGCUUAGUUUCUGUGAAUGAGUUUUAGAUACUGAGCCAUACAGUUUUAUUAAAAAAAUAACUAUAAUGGGAUUAUCACCGUUUUAAUUCAGUAGUACUGAAUUAAGCCUUAUCAGUUUAUUUAUUUCUCACAUUAUUUAUUGAUUUUUUUUAUUAUGUAUGUUUACUUCACUAUAUUACAAUUAAAUCCUAAUCUAAUCAUGACAAACUAUAUAUCUUUGUAAAGGUCUUACUCCUUAAUAGAUAUUUAUCCACUGUUUCUUCGCAAAAAAUAAAAAAAAGAUUAUUAAUAUUAAUUUAUGACAAGAGUCCACCUCAAACAUCUACAUCAUAACAGGAGUUCUGACCUUUGUCACAAAAAGUCUUCUUCAUUGCCGUUUUCUCUAGCACACUUUAAAAAUCAUCAGAAAUUAUAUAUCAAUUGAGAACUCAAAAUCUCAAAAUUCAUCCUUUGAAAACCAUAUUAAAAUCAAUUACCAUGAAAAUGGUACAUCAAAUUCAUGUUACAAAAUUUUUUCAAUCAUGAAUGAUAAAAAUGUACGUUUAGAUGCAGAUUCACAUCUAUGUUCAAAAAUGUGAGUGACAGUUAAGGAGUUUUAAUUCAAGUUAAUCAGUUUUCUCUCUUAAUAACCAUACCCAAUAACUGCAAAAGUUGUUCAGUGGUAUUUGCAAAGAGAUAGGAUGCAAAAGUCAAUUCCCCACUCAGACACACAAUUAAAGGGGUAGUUCACCCAAAAUUACAUUAAUUACCCACCCUCGUGUUGUUCCAAACCCGCAAGACCUCUGUUCAUUAUCGAAACAUAAAUUAAGAUAUUUUUGAUAACAGCUCUCUGACCCGUUCAUUGACAGCAAGGGUCCUACAUGAUCAAUGUCCAGAAAUGUAGCAAGGACAUCAGUAAAAUAAUCCACGUGAUAUCAGGGGUUCAACCAUAAUUUUACAAAGCUACGAGAAUACUGUUUGUGUGCAAAAGAAAAACAAAUGACUUUAUUCAACAAUUCGUGUCCUCCGCAUCACCCUAGCAUUCAGUGGAUACUCUCCAAAAUGAAGCCAGGGUGACAAGGAGACGACGAAUUGUUUACAUUUUUUUUUUUUUCGCACAGAAAGUAUUCUUGUAGCCUCAUAAAAUUACAGUUGAACCCCUGAUUUCACAUGGAUUAUUUUACUGAUGUCCUUGCUACGUUUCUGGACCUUGAUUGUGUUAAUUACAUGGCGAUCUAUGGGAGGGUCAGAAAUCUCUCAGAUUCCAUCAAAAAGAUCUUAAUUUGUAUUCUGAAGAUGAACAGUUCAUCAGAACUGAAGGAAAAAAAAUUGAUACUGCUCACCAAAGCAUGUGCUCAAUACCACAUAUACGAACCAACAUGAUUUAUAGACUAGCUAUGAAAAAAAAAUGCUUAACAUAACCCAUUUUAACCCAUUUAAGUUACAUUUAAGGGUCUUUACGUUCCUCUGUAAAAGGUAAAAAAAGAGGUAAAAAACAAAACAAAACCUAUAAUAGUACAUGAUAAAACUAAAUAAUCUAAAUAUACCAAACAAAAUAGUCAACAAUUGAAUACAUAACCAAAGGGAAAUUGAUGCAUAACAUGGAAAAUGUAUCAGAUUAGAGCGCCUGGAAUAAUCUGCCACUAAAUCUCUGGAAUUUCACUGAAUAAAACUUGUUAAAGAAAAAAAAACUUCUCUUCUUUCUUUU